UAAACCGUUGAGAGUGAACAGGCAAUUCCGUAAUUAAACACCAUUUCCAAACCCAUUCUCGUAACCCCUCACCUCACGCCACCGAUCGCCGUCGCCACCGCCGGACGGAUACGAUUUUACAAACGAACGAUCGUCAAUCUAUACAAUGGACUCGCCGCGCACGCCUAAUCGGAACAGCAUUUCGAGCCGGUCCUCAGUAAUCGAAUCCCUGCGCGGCUGCACCCUAGCCGGCGUCCGAAUCCCUAAGGAGGACCUGAAGAGGAAGAUGACCUUCCCCGACCACAUCAGGCUCGCAAUGCGGGAGGCGAUUCGAGCCAACGACGUCGAUGCCGCCGCCGGGGAGCGAGCCUACGCGGCGGGCCAGGCCCAGGAGGAAGGGGCCGAGCCGCCGGAGCCGCCCGAGUGUCCCCUCGUCGUGUUUAUCAAUGCCAAGAGCGGCGGCCGCCAUGGCCCGGAACUCAAGGCCCGCCUCCAGGACCUCAUGGGCGAGGAACAGGUUUUUGACCUUGCAGAGGUGAAGCCUCAUGAAUUUGUUCAAUAUGGGUUGGGUUUUCUUGAGAAAUACGCUGCUUUUGGAGACAACUGUGCGAGAGCGAUUCGUGAGAAACUUCGGGUUGUGGUUGCAGGAGGUGAUGGUACUGUCGGCUGGGUCCUUGGAUGCCUUGGAGAGCUUAACAGGCAGUCCCGAUUGCCGGUACCAUCAACUGGAAUCAUUCCACUUGGUACAGGGAAUGACUUGGCAAGGAGUUUUGGUUGGGGUGGUUCAUUCCCGUAUAAUUGGAAAUCAGCUAUUAAAAGAAGUCUUGACUGUGUUAUUCGUGGGCCAAUUGCUAAUCUGGAUAGUUGGAAUCUUUUGAUAUUAAUGCCAGCUGGUGCGGAGUUAGAGGUGCCGUAUGCUAUCAAACAAACAGAAAAAACUCCUCUUGAUCCGGAAUUGGAAGUUGAAGGAGACUUACCGGAUAAUGUUUCUUGCUAUCAGGGCGUCUUUUAUAAUUAUUUUAGCAUAGGAAUGGAUGCCCAAGUCGCCUAUGGUUUCCACCAUUUGCGCAAUGAGAAGCCUUACCUUGCUCAUGGUCCUAUUGCAAACAAGAUAAUCUAUUCUGGAUACAGUUGCAAGCAAGGGUGGUUCUUCACGCCAUGCAGCAGUGAUCCAGGUUUGAGGAGUUUGAAGAACAUUUUGAGGUUAUAUGCUAAGAAGGUCAAUAGUUUGAUCUGGGAACAAAUUCAUAUACCGUCAAGUGUACGAUCAUUGGUUGCUCUCAAUCUUCCUAGUUAUGGAAGUGGUCGAAAUCCAUGGGGCAAUUUAAAGCCAGAGUAUUUAGAAAAGAGAGGAUUCGUUGAGGCCAAUGCUGAUGAUGGUUUGCUCGAAGUUUUCGGUUUCAAGCAAGGAUGGCAUGCUUCAAUGGUUAUGGUUGAACUUAUCUCCGCAAAGCACAUAACGCAGGCGUCAGCCAUUCGGUUUGAGCUCCGAGGAGGAGAAUGGAGUGAGGCGUACAUGCAGGUGGACGGCGAGCCAUGGAAACAGCCUAUGGAUGCGAGUUUCUCUACGUUUGUCGAAAUUAAACGAGUGCCGCAUCAUUCCAUUAUGAUCAGGGGAGAAUAGUUUUUUCUUUUGUCCGUUUUUCGACAUAUUUUUUGGCUGUCUGAAUCAUCUCGUCGUUGUCUUCUUUUGUUGAGGUAAUUCUUUUUUGUGUUGAUGCAUUCGGCCAAUGGCUCAUACAUAAAGUUUCUUGUUAGUUUUGUACAUAUGAAGACACUAUUCUCAAAUUCAGAGAAAUGAAUUUGAUAUGUACGAGUAUGUUACAAUUUUUAGAAAUUCAUUUUAUUAAA